GGUGAAGAAAGCACGUUAUAUUGAUUUAUUUGGACAAUAGGUACAGCGUGACAAGGGGAGCAUACUGGGAGCACUAGGUAGCGAUGAGGAAGCAGAGAAGCAAUGGUAGUAAGGGAUAUGUAAGUCGGGAGCAGGGCCUCUUAGGUCCAUUUCCCACACGACUAAAAGGGGGCCUAACAGGUGUUUACGGCACCUGUCAAACUCCUGCCUGAGGUGCAGCAUCGACUAACCUCCGAAACCUUGUCGGUAGGCCGUGUAACAAUGGCGCCUCUCAAGAAGUCGGGAUCUACGUCCAAAACCAAGUCCUCAUCCACCUCCGGGGUCUCCCUUAAAAAAGUCAAAGGAGAAAACUUCUAUCGCAAUGCGAAGCAGGUCGCUCGACUAAAAAUGCUUAGCGGGGGGAAACCCGUGCGGGACAAGGAUGGAAAGAUAAUACAAGCUGCGGCGUUUCAAAAGGGAGAAGAUGAGACGAAGCCAGGACGGGUGCAGCCUGAUCGACGGUGGUUCGGUAACACUCGGGUUAUAUCCCAGAAUGCACUGGAUCACUUCAGAACGAGUUUAGCAACCAAGAAAGACGACCCCUACUCGGUUCUCUUGCGUCGAAAUAAACUUCCAAUGGCUUUGUUGGAUGAAGCUGCAAAUCCGAACGCCCGCAAGCGGUCACAUAUUGUAGAAACCGAACCUUUCAGCGAAACGUUUGGUCCAAAAGCUCAGCGAAAACGACCAAAGAUCGAUGUUGGUGACUUUGAGGAACUAGGGAGAUUAGGUGCGGCAGCGGCAGAGGACGCUGAAGUCUCGGCUUCACGGUCUGGGCAAGGAGUCAUAGAACCCCUCGCAUCGUCAAUCGUUGAAGCUCCCACACACGCCGACUAUAACGAACCUAUUUACGCUAAAGGAACAUCAAGGAGAAUUUACGGUGAACUUUACAAGGUCAUUGACUCUUCGGAUGUGAUCCUCCAUGUUUUGGACGCUCGUGAUCCACUGGGGACACUGUGUGAGUCAGUGUUAGAAUAUAUCAAGAAGGAGAAAGCCCAUAAACAGGUGGUACUCGUUAUAAACAAGUGUGAUCUUGUGCCGAACUGGGUGACCGCUCGUUAUAUUCAACAUCUUACCCCAAGAUACCCUACGAUUGCGUUCCACGCAUCUCCAAACCAUUCCUUCGGGAAAGGUUCGCUCAUUCAACUUCUUCGACAAUUUUCACAGCUGCACUCGGACAAGAAGCAGAUAUCCGUCGGUUUCGUCGGAUAUCCCAACGUUGGCAAAAGCAGCGUCAUCAACACCGUAAAAAGCGGCAAAGUUUGCACCGUUGCACCAGUUCCCGGAGAAACCAAGGUCUGGCAAUAUAUCACUCUGACGAAGCGGAUAUACCUAAUCGAUUGUCCUGGAAUUGUACCCACCUCCGCACACGACUCUCAAACGUCUACUGUCUUGAAAGGUGUUGUCCGCGUUGAAGCCCUUCCGACACCCUCAGAACAUAUACCCACCCUUAUGGAGCGCGUAAAACCGCUCUAUUUGUCGCGUACAUACGAUGUCCCCCUUACCAAUCCCGAAGAGCCUUCACAAGGUUGGGAUCCAGAGGAAUUUUUGGAUAAACUGGCUAGGAAGAAAGGCCGACUGUUGAAGGGAGGACAGCCAGAUAAGGAUUCGGUUGCGAAGAUCGUGUUGAGUGACUGGGUUCGUGGACGGAUACCAUUCUUUGUUCCACCUCCUGAACGGCCUGAGGAGUUGAACCAGGCGGAAGAAAAGGCGAAGAGGAUAAAAUCUUUGAAAAACAAAGGAAAGGGCGUCGACACAUCGGCGGUUCCUGGAGUAAAACAGAAUCUUGGGUCGAUCAUGCAGAAAAAUAAUUUCUUGGCUGAGGAUGUCAAGCCAUUAGAACAGGAAUUCACUACUGAGGGUGACGAGGCUGAGGAAGAUGGAGGCGAUGAAGAGAACGAGGAGGAAGAGAACAAGGAGGAGGGGAAAGGCGAUGAGUUGACGUGGAAUGAUGUUUGGAACGGAAUACAAGAGGAAGGGACUACUGAAGCGCCCGAAGACGGUGGCAGCGCAUCAGAGGAACAGGCCGCAUCUGAUGACGAUGAAGUUCAAGCACAGACUAAGGGACGGCGCAUGAAAACCAACAAGCGCAAAGCAACAAAUUUCUACUCGAAUGCUAACGUCAAGAACAAAAAUCGCACAAAAGCGGCACUCAUGAGGUCUCUACCAACUGGCAAAAAUGUCGGCGGUAAACGAAAACCAGCAAAAUAGUUAUACUGUACGAGCGUUUCCUAGGUACAGUAUAAUCACCGCUUACAUCAUGAUCGAUUUCGAUUUGAAUUCCGAACUCCGUACGCGCAUUUACGCGCUCCCGCUCUCUGAGUUUCGUACAAACGCAUCUUUUACUCGGAUGCGAAAACAAAGACCGUCAAAUUUGCUGGUUUAGGUCAAAUUUGGG